GGCCUCAUUCCGGGGCGGGCGGGCGCCGAGCGCGGGCGGGCGGCCGGGGGUGCCGCUCGGCGCGCCGCGGUCUUCGGUCCAGUGAGCGCCCUGCCACUGCAGCCAUGACGGUGGAGUUCGAGGAGUGCAUCAAGGACUCGCCGCGCUUCAGGGCCACCAUCGAUGAGGUAGAGACAGAUGUGGUCGAGAUUGAGGCCAAACUGGAUAAGCUGGUCAAGCUGUGCAGUGGCAUGAUCGAGGCCGGCAAGGCCUACGUCACCACCAACAGGCUCUUUGUGAGUGGUGUCCGUGACCUGUCCCAGCAGUGCCAAGGUGACACCGUCAUCUCGGAAUGUCUGCAGAGGUUUGGAGACAGCCUGCAGGAGAUGGUCAACUACCACACGAUCCUGUUUGACCAGGCCCAGAGGUCUGUGAGACAGCAGCUGCACAAUUUUGUCAAAGAGGAUGUACGGAAGUUCAAGGAGACGAAGAAGCAGUUUGAUAAGGUGCGGGAGGACAUGGAGCUCUCCUUGGUGCGGAAUGCUCAGGCCCCCAGGCAUCGGCCCCAUGAGGUGGAGGAGGCCACGGGUGCCCUCACCCUCACCCGGAAGUGCUUCCGCCACCUAGCCCUGGACUAUGUGCUCCAGAUUAAUGUCCUCCAGGCCAAGAAGAAGUUUGAGAUCUUGGAUUCUAUGCUGUCCUUCAUGCACGCCCAGCACAGCUUCUUCCAGCAGGGCUACAGCCUCCUGCACCAGCUGGACCCCUACAUGAAAAAGCUGGCAGCUGAGCUGGACCAGCUGGUGAUCGACUCUGCCGUGGAGAAGCGAGAGAUGGAGCGCAAGCACGCGGCUAUCCAGCAGCGGACACUACUGCAGGACUUCUCCUAUGAUGAGUCAAAAGUGGAAUUCGACGUGGAUGCGCCCAGCGGCGUGGUGAUGGAGGGCUACCUCUUCAAGAGAGCCAGCAAUGCCUUCAAGACAUGGAACCGGCGCUGGUUCUCCAUUCAGAACAGCCAACUUGUUUACCAGAAGAAACUCAAGGAUGCGCUGACUGUGGUGGUGGAUGACCUCCGCCUGUGCUCCGUGAAGCCCUGUGAGGACAUCGAGCGGAGGUUCUGCUUUGAGGUCGUGUCGCCCACCAAGAGCUGCAUGCUGCAGGCCGACUCAGAGAAGCUCAGGCAGGCCUGGGUGCAAGCUGUGCAGGCCAGCAUUGCCUCUGCCUACCGCGAGAGCCCAGACAGCUGCUACAGCGAGAGGCUGGACCGCACAGCAUCUCCGUCCACAAGCAGCAUCGAUUCUGCCACGGACUCUCGGGAACGCGGUGUCAAGGGUGAGAGUGUGCUACAGCGGGUACAGAGCGUGGCUGGCAAUGGCCAGUGUGGCGACUGUGGCCAGCCAGACCCCCGCUGGGCCAGCAUCAACCUUGGCGUGCUACUCUGCAUUGAGUGUUCAGGCAUCCACAGGAGUCUGGGUGUCCACUGCUCCAAGGUUCGGUCCCUGACACUGGAUUCCUGGGAGCCAGAGCUACUAAAGCUGAUGUGUGAGCUUGGAAAUAGCACCAUGAACCAGAUCUAUGAGGCCCAGUAUGAGGGCCUGGGCAGCAGGAAGCCCACAGCCAGCAGCCCCAGGCAGGACAAGGAGGCCUGGAUCAAGGACAAAUACGUGGAAAAGAAGUUUCUGCGGAAGCCUCCAACAGCACUGGCCCGAGAUGCCCCAAGGCACUGGCGAGCACAGAAGUGCCAGCGCCCCCACAGCUCCCCCCGUGCUCCUACCACCCGCCGCAAGGUCCGACUUGAACCUGUCCUUCCCUCAGUGGCUGCUCUGUCCUCAGCAGGCACUUUGGAGCGCAAGUUCCGCCGGGAUUCCCUCUUCUGUCCCGAUGAGCUGGAUUCCCUCUUCUCCUACUUCGAUGCAGGGGCAGCGGGGGCCGGUCCACGCAGUCUAAGCAGCGACAGUGGCCUGGGAGGCAGCUCUGAUGGCAGUUCAGACGUCCUGGCCUUUAGUGCAGGCUCAGUGGUGGACAGUGUCACUGAGGAAGAGGGUGCAGAGUCAGAGGAGUCCAGUGGUGAGGUAGAGGCCGAGGCCGAGACCGAGACGGAGGCCGAGGCCUGGGGGUUGGCAGAUGUGCGUGAGCUGCAUCCUGGACUACUGGCUCACCGCGCAGCGCGCACUCGCGACCUCCCCGCGCUGGCCGCAGCGUUGGCCCACGGGGCGGAGGUAAACUGGGCCGACGCAGAGGACGAAGGCAAAACGCCGCUGGUGCAGGCCGUGCUAGGGGGUUCCUUGAUCAUCUGUGAAUUCCUUCUGCAAAACGGAGCAGACGUUAACCAAAGAGACAGCCGGGGCCGGGCGCCCCUGCACCACGCUACGCUCCUGGGCCGCACCGGCCAGGUCUGCCUGUUCCUGAAACGUGGAGCCGACCAGCACGCCUUGGACCAGGAGCAGCAGGACCCGCUAACCAUCGCCGUGCAGGCGGCCAACGCAGACAUCGUUACGCUGCUCCGUCUGGCGCGCAUGGCCGAGGAGAUGAGAGAGGCUGAGGCCGCCCCCGGCCAGCUGGGCCCCCUGGCGGGCAGCAGCCCAACCGAGCUGCAAUACCGCAGGUGCAUCCAGGAGUUCAUCAGUCUCCACCUGGAGGAGAGCUAGGGCUGCGCAGGCCGGGCAGCCGGGGGACCCCAGCCCUGCCCGGCCCGCCCGGCCCGGACCCUGCAUGCCUCUGAAAAUCCUGGUCCCCCACCCAGCCACAGCCCUGCCUGCGCAAGGUCCAUGGGCCCAUCCCGACAGCCCCAGUGCCCUGGUGCUCCUGGAGCCCCACGCGCCUGCUCAUCCCUCCUCCCGGCUACCCGUGGUCCCCCCCUGGCCGGGAGUGAAGGACCCCAGCACUGAGUCUUGAAACCCCACGUUUUGGGGGGUGCUGCAUCUUCUGGUGCCCCUCACCCCACUUGGGGAAUCUCUGUCUUCAGGUGACCCCUUCUUCAGGGGCCUGGAUUGCUAACGUCACAAAUCACUCGAGGCCUGUGUUACCUUGUCCCUCUCUGCCCUCAGGGUCAGUGUCAUCUCUUGCCCCCACUUUUACUGCCGCGGAACACUGACCUGCUAGCUGGGUCCUUCUUACUCACCCCCCAGAGCCCCUCCUCUAGCCUGGGGCUGGUGGCUGGCCACCAGCACCUUCCCAGAGCAGGAGUGGCAGCCCAUCCAGGGAACCAACCCAAGUACCUCACUUAGUGACCCCAGUAUCAAGGCUGGGCUUUUGCAGGUGCUGGGUGGGUGGGCUCUGGCCUGGGCUCUCUGCCUGGGACGGACGCAGGCGUCCCAAGGCCAUGUGGCUGGCCACGACGGCCCCUGGUGCUGGUUGGCCCCAGACCCUCCCUGCCUCCUCCAGGGAGGAACUUGCCCAGAGCCAGGCGUACACCAAACCCACUGGCCCUUCCCACCACACCCACUGUUCUUUGUUACCCACUGAGUGGAUUUUCUACAACGGCCUUGUUCCGACUUUGUCUGCGUUUUUUCCUCUGGACUCUCAAGGACCACCCUGAUCCCAGCUCUGCCUGCUGCUGGGGGGAUGCCCCCAUAGCUCUGCCCUGCCCCUUCACUGGCCUCGCCCCUUGGACUGAGCCCUCUGAUGGGCCCAGGGGUCUUUUGCUAAUUUGGGGACCCACCAAUGCCUUCAAAUUCUCCUUUGUAAAAGAGCCUCAGGACAGGCUGAGCCCCUCCACAACUGUGGGUUCUUGCUGGUCACUAUGCAAAUGCUGCCCAGGGAGGCUCCACCGGCAGUAAGGUGGGCACUGGACUGGGGCCCCGAUUCCCCUGCCUGCUGGCUGUGACCCUAAAGAGCAGAAUUAGCUCUCUCUUCCCUGCUUGAGCUUGCCCACCGCCCACCCUGCCACCUGCCAUCCUUAGGCUGGCAGGAUCCCACCCCUCCUGUUCCAAUCACUCACGGUUAAUAAACCUCUGCCGCUUGCG